AUGGACAAUAAAACUUUAUUAAAUAAUCACGAAUACUUGCACUCUUCAAAAACGAAUUCUUAUCGUCGACGUUUUAAUAAACUUAAUGAUAAGUCUGAAAAUGGCAAAAAUUCACAAAGAAAAUAUCGUUCUCCUCCACCAAGACAUGCACACCACCAACCAGUGAUGAAAUUCAAUAGUGACAUGUGGAUGCAGGACUAUAGACAAACCCUCAUUGAAAAAUUAUUUAAAGAAGAACGUUUUAAGGCCUUUCAAAAACGACGAGGGUUGGAAAAUUUUAUGGAUGUUAGUGACGAUGAAGACUGGCCAGAACAACAAAAUCUAAUACAAUCCAUAGUUCAAAAUUCGACAGAAGACCAACAAUUACAAACGCAACAACAGAUUUUAAUCAAUAAUCUGACCACAGAAACUAAAUUAAAAUGGUUUCAAUACAGAGAGAGGCCUGAACUUUAA